GUGAUUGGCCAUCGACUGCGUCUCCACAUCGACGGUUACUCAGAGUGCUAUGACUUCUGGGUAAAUGCUGACUCAGCACAUAUUCAUCCUGUGGGCUGGUGUAAAGAUCACAACCACAAGCUCCACCCACCUAAAGGUCUGUCUGACGCAGAGUUCAACUGGCAGGAAUACCUUCAGUCCUCUGGUUCCUGUGCUGCUCCACCUGCCCUGUUCACCUGUCGCACUGCU